CUGUUCUCUCGUUUUAUGCGCAACUUGACCUUCAGCGGUGGAUAGACUUUGAACUGCAUCCAUCAUCCUCUUCAACGCUCCUUUUCUGUAUCGGCCGUCUAUCCUGCGGUUGUCCCGAGACCCGUUGUCGUCCGAACAUUCGUCCCGUCAUAUCGCACAGAUUGCGCGACCGAGGUGUAACAAGGCCCAUUGGGACGACCGCUGCGCGACAGCCUCCACGUCAACAUGUUCAACCCACGGGAUAUCGAGGCCUACCGGCGCGAUGAGAAACUUGGCCACAAAAUGCUUACCCCCGAAGAGAGGAUCAGGCUGCUCAAGCCCUAUCUGCCUUCGCCCCCUUUGCACCCCUCGGAGCAAGCCAACAAACGAGCAAUGGAAGAGCAACAGAGGCUGGGAGUACGGCGUUUUCUAAAGAGGCACUGGCACCUGCUGGUCUUUACCAUCAUACAUGCCCUGUUCUCGCUCUACAUCCGAAUCCGCCAAGCAUACCACCAAGUGGUCAACAAAGUGUCUUCCGUCUAUCACCACCAUCACCGGGCGCCCGAUCUGAUUUACAACGAUGUCAAGGACCUUCGAAGGCUACCAAACCACCUGAGUGUUAUCUUGACCUUGGACGAGGACGCUAGAGGCGGUACCGGCUUGGCCAAGCUGAUCGAGGAAGCUUCGGACAUUGCUGCUUGGUGCGCAAGUGCCCGUAUUCCCCAACUCUCCAUUUAUGAGAAGACCGGAACAUUGAAGGGUUAUCUUCCUCGCGUUCACAGAUCCAUGACACAAAAGCUCGCUGCAUACUUCGGACCAAACACUCCCGGCAUUGGUAUUAGAGCACCUCACUGCCCCUCGAUCGAGACGGCCCCAACUCUUGCCGCAAGCCGUAUCGAGAACGAGGGCCUCAAGCAUCUCUCAGUCAUGAUUCUGUCAGCUGAGGACGGCCGCGAUUCCAUUGUCGAUCUUACCAAAACCCUUGCCGAUAUGUCCCAGCGGGGCAAGAUCUCGACUUCGGAUAUCACAAUCGAACUAGUCGAUGCCGAGUUGAGCGAGAGUGUCAUGGGCGAAACAGACCUCCUUCUCUUGUUCGGUCCUCGUGUCGAACUUGUUGGCUAUCCUCCAUGGCAAGUCCGCUUGACCGAGAUCUCCCAUGUCCAAGACAAUGAGGGAGUCAACUAUCAGGUCUUCUACCGGGGUCUUUUGAAGUAUGCCGGUGCACAAAUGCGCUGGGGAAGGUGAUGAACCGAGCAGUACCAAGUGUUCAGUGGCUGGAACUUGAAUGCGAUCGAGUGACGCAGUGGUUGGAUUCAAUGGGUGGUU